AUGGAGUCCCAGGGUGAUCAGCCGUCUCCAGACCCAGACUCGGUCGAGGUUGAACUAUCAAAUGGCAAGCGACGAUGGCGCCGAAACAGAGUGGCCUGCGACUCCUGCCACACUCGCCGUGUACGAUGCGACCGUGCCUUUCCCUGCUCGAGAUGCCUGCGCGGUGAUAUAAACUGCCAAUUUACCCGCGAGCGCCGGAAACGAGGACGUAUCGCGAGAUCGAAGCCGAAACAUCCAACGAACGACGAGGACGAGACAGUCCAGGACCCCACGGAGGGGAAGCAGGUCGAUGGGGAACACAAUCGAGCGUUAAAGUCGCAGCAGGUGUUGUCGCCGGUGGACAACAACUCUCCUGCAUCAACCUUUCGGCAGCGAUCGCCGGCAACGAAUGAGAUCAGCGCCGUGUCGGCGCCCAGUGUUGACGAGCGUCGGUCUGUGCCAAAUCUUCCACAGCCACAGCGGGCAGGGCGUGCUGCGAACAUAACGGAGGAAUGGCUUUCAGCGGCACACCUGUCCCCAGACUCGUAUGAACUGCUUGCAAGUGCGGGCGGUAACGAGCCGCCUCUCCCCCGAUUGAUGGAUAUUUGGAAUCCGGUUGAUUUCGCCGGCCACCAACCAGGCCAGCGUGUCCAUCCUAUACCUUCUGUCUCGGGGGUGGACCUGCCCAGACAAAGGCAGCCGUCGACUUCCCGGCCGCCGUUGAAGUAUCCUGUGUUGGAACCUCUCAUGCCUUUUCUCGAAUCCAGCCUCCCCCGUCGACUGGUGUGCGAUCUGCUUGAACUCUACUUUACCAGUGCUUUCUCAACCCAUAUGCAUCCAGUGUGCCAUCACAUUCACUGCUAUGUCCUGCGAAAGACUUCUUUUCUAAGUGCCGAUCGCCCUAGGUCGACUAGCCCUGCCUUGCUGGCAAGUAUGCUCUGGGUGGCUGCUGUGGAUGAUCGGGCCUUCUCUUUAUCCAUCUCACCAUUGCAACGGAGGAAGAUAUGUCAAUUUCUCUGUGCAUUGAUUAUUCGUUUACUGCGACCUUUGAUACAUGUGUCGUUCAAAGACCAAGAUCCAUCACCCGCUGAAAACGCGACCGCCCACGACUUUUCAGCCGGGGCUCAUCAUCCAUUCGAAGGAGUCGGCGAUGAUAAAGGGCUGGUGGGCCCUGCUGGAUCUUUAGACGAUGUCAUUACCUAUAUCCAUGUGGCUUCUAUUAUCUCAUCUAGUGAACAGAAGGCUGCAAGUAUGAGAUGGUGGCAUGCGGCAUUUACGCUAGCUCGAGAACUUAAAUUAAAUCAGGAGAUGGAAAUUACACCCAAUAUCGACACCCUGACCGAUGGUUCCAGUCCGUCAUUCGGCUACGGGUUAGGCGGAUGGCCUGGUUCCCCAGGUGGGCUGGGCUUUGACUAUUCGAAACCCUCGCGCCCCAGUCUGAACUGCGUAUGUGACAAGAACCAAGAUUUGCAUAAUGGUCCUGUUACAGAAGAGCACCGCGAAGAGCGGCGCAGAACCUGGUGGCUGCUAUAUAUCAUGGACCGCCACCUGGCAUUAUGCUAUAAUCGUCCGCUUGCCCUGCUCGAUGCUGAGAGUGAGGACUUGUUGCUUCCACUUGAUGAAAGCUCCUGGCAAGCAGGUAUCAUUCACAGCAAUAGUCCUCGCCCAGACGGGCCUCAAUGCCCUCGGUCGGGUGACCAAAACAAACGUCGCAUUUUCCCCAACUUCAUUUGCCAUGACCACUCGAUUCUUGGCUUUUUUCUCCCACUCAUGACGAUCACCGGCGAAUUGAUCGAUCUAAACCAGGCACGAAACCACCCUACUCUUGGUGCCAGGCUUCAAGGAAAAGAAGCAUGGGAGGUUCACGUGUCGGAAGUGCUCCGCCAGCUUGAGGUCUACAAAGCUAGUCUCACUACCUUUGCCGCUGCAACGGCCGCUGACCCAGCGGCCUCAUCCACGAGUGCCUACACCAACAAACCAGAACCCGUCGAUCCGCAACUCUCUGAGGCUUAUUCUUGGCAUACCCAAACCGUGAUCGCCUACUCCUCCUACCUAACCCAUGUUCUGCAUAUCCUGCUUGUUGGAAAGUGGGAUCCUGUCUCACUUAUCGAAGAUAAAGAUUUCUGGACAUCUUCCCCGGCCUUUGCGUCGACCAUCUCACACGCACUGGAAGCCGCGGAUUCCGUGCAACAAAUCCUGCGCUUCGACCCCGACAUAAGUUUCAUGCCUUACUUCUUUGGCAUCCAGCUGCUGCAAGGCAGUUUCCUCCUCCUGCUUAUUGUAGAACGGCUACAAAAGGAAGCAGGCGAGGGCAUUCUCAACGCAUGCGAAACCAUGAUCCGGGCGACAGAAUCGUGCGUCGUCACCCUCAACACGGAGUACCAGCGCAGCUUCCGGCAAGUGAUGCGCUCUGCCGUCGCCCAGGCUCGGGGUCGCCCGGUAAACCCGAGUGAAAUUCGGCACCGUCGAAAAGCAGUCCUCGCCCUUUACCGCUGGACGCGAAAGGGGACUGGAUUGGCCCUGUAA